AAUAAUAAUGUUUUUUAUUAUUAUUAUUUAUGGAUGCAUUAAAGUUUAAAGUUAGGUCAAAACAAUUCUACGGACUCACUGGAUGAGACAGCAUUUGUGGGACAGCAGUAGCAAAACGGACGUUAGUUAUCAUAACCACUAGAGGGCAGCAUUUGCCAUUUAAUAGUCUUGACGCUUAUGCAAGGUCAUCUGCUGUUUUUAUUGCUUCACAAAAAUCUAUUUUUUCUUCUGUGUUUUGCUUUUACACACACGAAAAACAAACACACACGUAUAGAGGAAUACUAAGGGAUUUUCAAAAUAAGACACAGUUUCUCCACACACUCCUGCUGGAUCUUAAAUCACCAAAACAACAAAAUCUUCUCUCACAUUCCACCAAGCAACGACUCUAAAGUACACAGUAACGUGUACCAUCACAGUACUCAGAUACCUGUCCAAACACCAACAUGAAGAGAUGAGAGGCAGGGAGGGUGAAGUGGACAGAAGGGGCUGGAUUAAGAAAGAAUGCAAAAGAAAUAGACGGAUCAAAUGAAAAUAAAAUGUUCAGAGCUCUUAAGAGGGCUGUAACAAAAAAAAAAAAAAAGAACUCGCUCUGAGAGGAGUCCGUGAGACGGGCAGAGAAAGGAAUCUGGAGACAACGGGGAGUUAAAUAACCGGAGACACGCAGGAGACAGAGGAACAACUGAUGUAUUUUGUGACUCAGUCCAUGUGUGAACCAUGACCCUGAGCUUCACCCGUGCCCUGAUUCUGCUCCUCAGUCUUCACACUUGUUCAACUGUGGGAGGAAGAGCUCAGCGCAGACAGAGACAGGCUGAAGUUGAGGAGAGUCUGAGACCGUACAUUGGCAGAGUACAGCCUGAGAAACUUUGUGAGUUACUAAAAUGCAGUUUUCCAGUUGGAUCUUGGUGCCAAGUGGUUGAGGAAAAAGGAGACCUGGUCCCAAAAUGUGUGUGUCCUAAGUCCUGUCCACGGCAGAGGGCGCCAGUGUGCAGCGUUGUGGGCAAGACGUAUACCAACGAGUGUCUGCUGCACAAAGAAGCCUGCAGAAAGAGAAGACGAUCCGGUCUGGCCCACACCGGGGCCUGUCUGGUCCCCCAGGCCAAAUGCAGUGAUGAAGAAUUAGGCCAGUUCCCAUAUCGACUCCUGGACUGGUUUCUGCUCCUCAGUCGUAUGGGCCGCUUCCACACACCUGCCACCCCCCCUCAGAGAUGCCUCAGCCACACCCAGAGGACUCGCCUGGCACAGGAACGAUUCACUCUGCUGGACCGGAACCAGGACGGAAAACUGAGCCGCCGGGACCUGAGGAAGCUGAGAUAUAAACGGAUGCCUCUGGAACACUGUGCUCCGCAGUUCUUCAAGUCAUGUGACUACAACCGCAACAAAAAGGUGACCCUGACAGAAUGGACCAGCUGCCUGGUGGACCGCUCCGAGGCCUGGUUCUACAGAUUCAUGUCAGUGAAAAUGGGUUCCGGUGAACUGUGUCCUUCAGUCAAAGACAACAACGUCUGACAUGAAGUGACCGACCAUCAGGCCCUGCAGCUGUGAGACCAACGUCAUCAUCAUCAUCAUCAUCAUCAUCACACCUCCAGUUGGAUCUCCACAGCUGUGGGUUCCGACUCCAUCACUUUCCCUCCGCGUUGUCAUUUUGUCCCAAAUUGAUUUAUGAAGUCGUCAAAUGUGAAAGUCUGUCGCCGCGGCCGCCCGUGCGUUCAUGUGUGACUGUGAUGGGACUAAUAAACGUCUAGACAGAGUGACCAACAGCAGUACUCUUAAUUACUUCAGCUGACAUUUGUGUUGUGCAGCGGAGGAGACAAUCGGGCCGGACGAUAAAGUAGGAGCGGUGGAGGAGAAACGGAACGACGAUGAGGAAGAAGAAGAAGCUGAGGAGGAAGAGGAGGAAGGACGUGAGCAGGGGAGAGACAAAGGGAUAAUAAGGUGGAGGGGGGGGCGAAGGAGAAAAGGACGGGAAAACAUCAUGACGGCACCUCAUGUAGAGGAGUGAGUGAGUGAGUGAGUGAGGAGAAGGAGGCACGAAGGAA